UUUGCAGGACUUCAAGAAUAUGUUGAGGCAGUCUCAUUUCAGUAUUUUAUCAAAACACGAUCUUUGAUUAGUGUUGAAGAGAUCAACAAACAGCUAAUAUUUACAGCAGAAGACAGAGAAGAAACAACAAACAUGACCUCCAGUUCCCAUGAUAAACAACAACACACUUGGAGCCUGAAGGUAACACCUGUAGAUUACCUGCUGGGAGUGGCUGAUCUAACUGGAGAGCUGAUGCGGCUGUGCAUCAGCAGUGUUGGAAACGGUGACAUAGACACGCCUUUUGAACUGAGCCAGUUCUUACGUCAGAUUUAUGAUGGGUUUACUUUCAUUGGCAACACUGGACCUUACGAGGUAUCUAAGAAGCUGUAUACCUUGAAACAGAGUCUGGCAAAAGUAGAGAAUGCCUGCUACACGUUAAAAGUACGGGGAUCUGAAAUCCCAAAGCACAUGCUGGCUGAUGUGUUCUCCACCAAAACAGAAUUGAUUGACCAAGAGGAGGGCCUUUCUUAAAAUAAGGAGACUGUCACAACUCAGAAGGGAAGAGGACUUAGAGAAGGCUUUAUAGUUAUGUUUUGUGGGGUUUUGACCCUUCUCAAAGCUUUUUAGGUAGAGACAUUUUUAGUUUUGUCUAUAAGAUGAUUGUUUGCAGUGGUAAUUUGUAACCAAAAAUACCUUUUAUGAUGUGUAAGAGAACAAAUGUUUGACUUUGUCCUCUCCGUAUGGAAUUUCCUGUAUUGCUCCAUUGUAUCUUCUUUCAGAAUGACCAAAAUUUCCACUGUGCCCUACACCACUGAUCGUCAGUUUGUGAGUCACUUCACACUGUUGUGAUUGCUGUUAUCAGUUUUCAGUGGAAAAGAAAUGUUUAGGUACUGUUAUUUAGCAUUAUCCAUGUGUUUCUGCUGAGCCUUGUUUUCUGAGUGGUUGGGUUCUAUACU